GCGCGGCCGGAACCGGGCGGGCGGCAGCGGGGACCCGCACCGGGCAGGUACGGCCACCGCGGCCCAGAAGGCAGCCGGAGGUACGUGUCCGCCUCUUCGCUGCCCGCGGGAGGAGCAUGCUGCGGCGCCAUGAACGAGCAGUGGGAUAUUGGCCGGGCGCUGGCUCUCUCCGGCCUGUUCCGUGUCCUGCAGGGCGCGGGCAGGGCCUGCGCGGCCCCGUUCCUGACGCUGUACCUCCGGCACCUGGGGCUCCCGGCUCCGCUGGUGGGGAUCGUGGCCGGGGCCCAGCAGCUACCGGCGGCUCUCUGGGCUCCCUUCUGCUCCCGCUGCCCCAGGGGCCGCAGGAAGCGGCGGUUGCUGGUUGCCAGCUCCUUGCUGGGCUCGGCGGGGGUCAGUCUGCUGCUCACCCUCAUCCCAGCCGCCGACCCGGACGCGGGGCUCAGAUACUGUAACGCCAGCCAGCAGCCGGGGGACCGAGGGGCUGCCACCACAGCGCCCAGGCUGGGCUCGAGUAGAGACAAUGUUUUCAGCGUGAGUGCUGUGACCAACUCGAUAGAUGUGACCAAAGAAGUGCUGCGAACAACUGCUGACGUCUUGCGAGCGAGCAGGAAGCCAGCACCAACCAGUGAUGCCUUCCAGGGGUUAUCUGGCCUGACAGAUAGCCCUGAGAAAAAAGGGACUGUUGAAGGGGAUGGUCCCUCUGGCUGGACAGCUUCUGUGAAAGCAGUUAACUGGGAGACACAAGAACCAGAAAUGCUUCCUUCCUCCACACCUCCAGACCAUGGGCUUGAGAAAGAAACGAGCAGUCUGGGGUCUGCUGCCAUAGAUCCUGCAGAGAGCACUGAAGAAAGCCCUUAUGUGGCUGAAAGUGAUGAGCUCUCGUUUGCAACAACUGUUCCUGCUGUUGGAGAUGUUUACAUGUCUGGAAACCUUUCAGAGCACCAGAAAGCUGCUGCAGAUGUCAGCUUCAAGGCGCUGCAAAACAUCUUCCAGGACAGAGAGAGUCAGACUUUUCUUAUGGCACUGGGUGCUGUGGUGGUUUGGGAGCUGUUGGCUACCUCUCUGGAACGGACAGUGGAUGAGAGUCUCUAUGAAUAUCUUGACUUUGUUGAUGCAACUGACAGGUAUGGCAGGCUGUGGAUCUGGAGCUACCUGGGUGCAUCUGUAGGUGCCUGCAGCAUCUCCGUAGUUGUGUAUCAGCUGAACUGCUUCCUCAGCACCUCCACCACCCGUCUGGCUGUCCAUUUCUAUGGCUAUGCUCUCCUGGUGAUGCCCUCCUUGCUUGUCAGUGCCUUUUUCCCCAUCCAUGUCCCCAGGAAGCCUGACCACGUUAACAGAACAGCCAAAGCCCUGGCGCUGCUGUGGAGCGAGGGCCGAGCCUUCCUCUACGCUGUCACUGUCUUCCUCACCGGUGUGGCCAGCUCUGCCGUGCACAACUUCCUCUUCUGGCAGAUGGAGGACCAAGGCAGCAGUGAGCUGUACAUGGGGCCCUCUGUGGCCGUGGGGCUGCUCGCAGAAAUCUUGCUUUAUUUCUUCAAAGGGAAGUUGCUGAGGACUUUGUCCAGCAGCAAGAUCGUUGCAGCCAGCCUAAGCCUGUUGGCAGCACAACUUCUGUGCUACUCCUUCUUGUGGACAGCCUGGCCAGUUCUCCUUCUCCAGACAAUAGCUGCCUUCAGUAAUGGUGCUUUGUGGUGGGUGAUUAACAUGACUGUGGAUGACAUAACCACUCCAGGCAUGGAGAGGUCCUUGCACAGUGUUCUCCGAGGCCUUUUCCACAGUGGAGGAGCAAGCCUGGGCAGUUUGGCAGGGGGAUUUGUCAUGGAGCACUUUGGCCUGGCGGUUCUGUACAGGGCCUGCUGUGUGUGCUUGGUGCUGUGGCUCUUCUUCUUCUUGCUUGUCCAAUCUAAAUUGCCACGGCAGAAAAAGAUCAAUUAUUCUCGUCUCCUGGCUGCUGAUUCCAGUGAUGUGAGUGACUCUGAUGAGGAGAACGAGAGGGACUGGCUGGUGAAAGCUAUGAAGGAGGAAAGCUUUAACAGGAAUUGGUAACAACAGUGUGGGACCAGCUGGUCUGUGCUUGAAUCAUUCUUGUGGUAAUUUUGCCUUCUGAACCUUAGGAUUUUUGCUUCCAAAAUCCUACAGAGGACUUGAGGAACACAUUUUGUUGAAACCAAUGGCAAACUUGAAUCAAAAUCUUGCUCCCUAGAGCUGAUGCUGUGGAAGCUGUGAGCAGAAGCUGUGACCUGUGAUUCAACACAACCCAGUGAAGAACUCUGUUGAGCUUCCUCAAGGUGCUGUGUCUGGGAACUCCUUUCACUGAAUAAGGAAUGUAAAUAAUAAAAAAUAGAGAUACAGUUGCUCA